UUCUGUCAGCAGACUCUAUGAUCCAAUGGGUUUUGUCGGACCUCUUACCGUCAAAGCAAAACUUAUUUUACAACAGAUUUGGCAAUAUGAUUUAGAAUGGGACUCUCCCCUGCCACCUGAAUUGGUAAAAAUCUGGCAAACAUUCUAUAAUAAUUUAAUUAGCAUGCCUAAUAUGACCAUACCACGAUACAUAAACUUGUCUGAAGCCAGCAGCGUACAGCUCAUAGGAUAUUGUGAUGCAUCUGUUGCAGCUUAUGGCUGUUGUAUAUACAUCAAGGCAGUAGUAAAUGGCAAACCUUACAUACAUUUACUUUGUUCCAAGUCGAGAAUAGCUCCACUUUCAUCUAAAUUGACAAUUCCAAAGCUUGAGUUGAACGGGGCCCUCCUACUGGCCAAGUUGGUAAACCAUGUAGCCGCUCUACUAAGUAUAUCAGAUGUUCAUUUGUUCAGUGACUCAAAAAUUGUAUUGGCCUGGCUCGACUCCUCUUCGCUUAAGGUACCAGCCUAUAUAGGCAACCGUGUAAAAGAAAUAAAUAAGCUGACAGACACAAUGUCAUGGAAAUAUACUCCUGGCCUCCUUAACCCUAGUGACAUCUUAUCACGAGGCGCAGAUCCUCAAGAAAUAAUUAAUUGCAGGCUGUGGCGUCAUGGCCCAGACUAUUUGACAGAAGGCAAUGAGUACAAUUUUCAUGUGUCAGAAAUAAGUCCACCUCUGUGUAGCAUAGAACUUCCAAGCUCAGAUGAGCACGUAGCAUUAAGUGCCACUGUAAAUGACAAUGUUAUUGAUCCAUUUUUUGAACGAUUUUCAAGCCUUUUCAGAAUGAUCAGAGUAACUGUAUACACAUUGAGAUUUAUAAAUAAAUGUAAAGGAAAAUCAGGUUCAUCAAACCUAAUUUCUGUAAAAGAGUAUAGAGAUGCCUUGACUUUAAUAAUAAAAUGCGUGCAAAGGCACUACUUUCAUAAUGAGCUUUCAUGUAUUGAGAAGGAUAAAGCUAUAACCUCCAAUUUGAAAUCACUCACCCCUUUCAUUGACUCGGCAGGCCUUCUUCGCGUGGGUGGAAGGUUGGACAAUGCCACACACUUAGAUUUUUCAUAUUUAACUCCGGGACACUUCUUGAUUGGUACUGAAUUAACAUCUGUUCCUCAACCUGACUUGACAGCAGUCCCCAGUAAUCGACUUAGAUUUUGGAGGUGUUGCGAACAAAUGCGACAGCAUUUCUGGAGUGUCUGGUCCAAGGAAUACCUAUCAUCGCUAAACCAAAGAACUAAAUGGCAAAAAACAGAACCUAAUUUAAAGGUUGGCAUGAUGGUAUUGCUACAGGUUCCAAACACUCCGCCCCUAACCUGGCCCUUAGGUAGGGUCAGCAAAGUGUUUUAUGGUAAUGAUGGUAAUGUAAGAGUUGUGGAGGUACAGACCUCAGAUAAAAAAUUGCAUUCCCGUGCUGUGUCAAAAAUUGUGGUCUUGCCAAUAGAGGCAUAGCCAUAUGUAAUGUCAAAUUGUAAGACAAUUAUGUAACGUUAAUUAAAUAAUAAAAAUGAUUGUUAUUUUAGUUAUAGCACAAGCAGUGCACCCCUUCUUGUAAUGAAAAUAAGGGCUUUAUAUUUCUUUAGCUUAUGGCUAUAAACUUAAUUAUAAAGUCAACAGUUUAAUAAUGUUUCAUUGUAACAUGUGUAUAAUGUGAUUUUGUUGUUGCUUGUAUUUCAUGUAGAGUUUUAAAAGAAAAUUGCUAAGCAUUAUUGUCUGUUAUAAUUCAUUAUAGUAAGAGUUAUUUCUGUUUCACAUAAUUGUUAGAUACUAAAAAUAGACUGAUUUGUUGACAAUAAGACUGAUGUCUGACUCAUUAAAUAAUUAAAUUCAUCAUAGAUGUAACUUGAUCUCAUAAGAUACCUAAAGUUGUAGAACAUAAGUGUUAGUUUCAAUAGUAUUAUUAUUCAUAUUCAAUCCUUGCAUUUAAAGUUGCACUGUUGUUAAUUAUUGCUUAAUGCCUUGCUAGUGUCAUGUUUCUCUUUCAAAUCUCUGUUUAAAUUUGUUUCGCCUACUUAAUAUUAGUAAUCUGUUGGUCUCAAAUAAGCAUUUGUGCCCCGCCCCCCCAGUUUAUGUGUGAAACACACCUAAUUAUUAAGUCCUAGCGUGUAAAAACUGCUUAAACAGAUUUCGCCUCCUGCGUGUGGCAACAUUGAACUCUCUCUCUGAACGCCGCUCUGUGGCAUAACACACAAAAAUGUAAGAUCGUCAUUAUAAAAUAUUUUAAU